CUGGGGACGUCUUUCGCCAGCGGACCAACUGUUUCCGGUCGGUGUGUUUAAAGCGGAAGUGAGAGCUGUCGCUGGUUACUGCCUCUAAAGAUGAAGUUUCUUUCCAAACUGCUGCUGCUCGCGCUGUUAGCCUUCCCGGCUGCGCUGCUCACCAGAGGGCCGGUGGUGAGUGCUCAGGAUCUGACUGAAGAUGAGGAGGCUGAGGCCGUGGAGGAAGAUGUGGUGGACGAUGUGACGGCUGAAGACGAGGACGAUGAGGCGGAGGUGGAAGACGAUGAUAACGUGGAGCUGACGGAAGAGAAGGAAGAGGAAGAGGAGGAGGCGCUGGUUGGAGAGGUGAAGGCUUCCCCCAACGCUGACACCACCAUCCUGUUUGUCAAGGGAGAUGACUUCCCAGCCAACGACAUCGUGAAGUUCCUGCUCGGCUUCACCAACAAGGGAUCCGAGGAAUUCGUGGUGGAGUCGCUGGACGCGUCUUUCCGUUACCCACAGGAUUACCAGUUCUACAUCCAGAACUUCACGGCUCUGCAGCUGGGCACCGUGGUGCCAGCCAGCAAACAGGCCACGUUCGAGUACUCCUUCAUCCCCGCGGAGCCAAUGGGGGGGCGGCCGUUCGGACUCGUCAUCAACCUCAACUACAAGGACGGCAGUGGAAACAUCUUCCAGGACGCGGUGUUCAACCAGACGGUGACUAUCACAGAGAGAGAGGACGGCCUGGACGGGGAGACGAUCUUCAUGUACGUCUUCCUGUCGGGCCUCGGGCUGCUGGUCGUUGUCGGCCUCCACCAGCUGAUGGAGUCUCGAAAGAGGAGGCGUCCAGCUGCCAAGGUGGAGAUGGGAACCUCGAGCCACAGCGACGUGGAUCUGAGCUGGAUCCCUCAGGAAACACUCAACCAGAUCAACAAAGCGUCUCCGAGACGAUCUCCACGCAAGAGGAACCAGAAACGCUCGGUCGGCUCCGACGAGUGACGGCGCCCGGCACCGCGGCGACAACACUCCACCCCCCCUAUGAGGGGGGGGGGGGGGGGUGCCAGCGCCACAUCAAGCGCACUCUGCCGCUCUAAUGAGAAACUUUGACCAGUGCCAAGCUCAGCGAUGGCUGGCUCUAAGUUCAGCUUGAAAACUGCUGAGCACACACACACACACACACUGCACUGCCCUGUUUGUUUAAGUUGUGUUGAUGAAGCCGUCACACAAAGGUUUGUUGUGUUUCUGAUGCACAACAACGUUUCUCUCUGACAGGUCAAUACCUGCUGAUGUCAUCAUUGUUCUGUUUGUUUUUUUACUGUGUUCAGUUUGGUUCAUUGGGCUGAAAAAAGAAUCAUCAGAUCAAAGGAUCCACACGAAACGAAUCUGCUUCAAUCUUUGUCCGUUUUCUAGAAGAAACAUCGAACGAUGACUCGUCAGCUUUUUGAGGAGUCGAUGGAAAACGUCAACUCUUUCCUACGUUCUGUAGAACUGAUGAACGGACGCUGUGAUUGGCAGAUUCGUUCCUGAGUCGAUUCAGUCUCACUCCGGUGUGAUGGAGACACCGUGACCGCUUCUCUUUUGCAGUUUGUUUUUCGGUGUCGUUUUUGCGUUAGAAUCCAUCUUUUUGUUUUUGUGGCGCGUAUCCGCUCUGCUCCAUCUGCUCCAUCCCUCCUUCCUCUGCUCCAUCCCUCCUUCCCCUGCUCCAUCCCUCCUUCCUCUGCUCCAUCCCUCCUUCCUGUGAGAAGGUUCACACGCUGCCUGACACUCGCUCUCAGAAGCAGGUCCAGAUCUUCCUGUGGACGUUUCAGCGGCCGGAGGCAACAACAGGGACGGGUUUGGAUUUGGAGACAAAACAAAAAAACGGUUCAAACUAAGAAAAUGUCCAGUGAACAUAGAAGAAGUUUGAAAGAACAACUCAUGAAAUGAAGUGAAACAUUUUCUUUUCUCCAUUGAAUCGUGAAACCCCUAAAGCACUGGUGCAAACACUGAUGGACGCUGACGCAAAACUAUCGGGUUAAUUUAUUUGAGUGACAGAUUGGGCUUAACUGGGAGGGUGGGUUUCUGUACUGUAUUUCUGUUUUACCACUAGGGGGCGUCACGGGCUCUGCAGCGUUUGAAUGUUGGUCGACUGUGAAGCUUCUGUGAGUCGUUGGGAUUGAGAGAACGUUCACAGACAUGAGCUUCUACUUUUAUUUGCUUUUAAACGUGCAGGAGAAUAAACGAUGAUUUGCUGUAGA